AUGAUAUACGGUGAUAGCAAUGAUGACAGAGGUAACAAUUGUACGGCUUGGCACACUGAUUACUUCCUGUGUGACGACCUGCGUGACGACCAGCGUGAAGACCAGCGUGUUGACCCGUGUAACAACCCGCGUGACGACAAGUGUAACGACCCGCGAGAUGACCAGUGUAACGACCCGCGUGACGACCAGCGUGACGACCAGUGUAACGACCAGUGUGACGACAAGUGUAACGACCCGCGAGAUGACCAGUGUAACGACCCGCGUGACGACCAGCGUAACAACCCGCGUGUUGACCCGCGUGUUGACCCGCGUAACAACCCGCGUGUUGACCCGCGUAACAACCAGCGUGACGACCAGCGUGACGACCCGCGUGACGACCAGUGUAACGACCAGCGUGACGACCAGUGUAACGACCAGCGUGACGACCAGCGUGACGACCCGCGUGACGACCAGUGUAACGACCAGCGUGACGACCAGUGUAACGACCAGCGUGACGACCAGUGUAACGACCAGCGUGACGACCAGCGUGACGACCCGCGUGACGACCAGUGUAACGACCAGCGUGACGACCCGCGUGACGACCAGUGUAACGACCAGUGUAACGACCCGCGAGACGACCAGCGUGACGACCAGUGUAACGACCCGCGAGACGACCAGCGUGACGACCAGUGUAACGACCAGCGUGACGACCAGUGUAACGACCAGUGUAACGACCAGUGUAACGACCAGCGUGACGACCAGUGUAACGACCAGUGUAACAACCAGUGUAACGACCAGUGUAACAACCAGCGUGACGACCAGCGUGACGACCAGCGUGACGACCAACAUGACGACCAGCGUGACGACCAGCGUGACAACCAGCGUGACGACCAGCAUAACGACCAGCAUAACGACCAGCGUGACGACCAGCGUGACGACCAACAUGACGACCAGCGUGACGACCCGCGUGACAACCAGCGUGACGACCCGCGUGACAACCAGCGUGACGACCAGCAUAACGACCAGCAUAACGACCAGCGUGACGACCAACAUGACGACCAGCGUGUCGACCCGCGUGACAACCAGCGUGACGACCAGCAUAACGACCAGCGUGACGACCAGCGUGACGACCAGCAUGACGACCAGCGUGUCGACCAGCGUGACGACCAGCGUGACGACCAGCGUGACGACCAGCGUGACGACCAGCGUGACGACCAGCGUGACGACCAGCGUGACGACCCGCGUGACAACCAGCGUGACGACCAGCAUAACGACCAGCAUAACGACCAGCGUGACGACCAGCGUGACGACCAACAUGACGACCAGCGUGUCGACCCGCGUGACAACCAGCGUGACGACCAGCAUAACGACCAGCGUGACGACCCGCGUGACAACCAGCGUGACGACCAGCAUAACGACCAGCGUAACGACCAGCGUGACGGCCAGCGUGACGACCAGCGUGACGACCAACAUGACGACCAGCGUGACGACCCGCGUGACAACCAGCGUGACGACCAGCAUAACGACCAGCAUAACGACCAGCGUGACGACCAGCGUGACGACCAACAUGACGACCAGCGUGUCGACCCGCGUGACAACCAGCGUGACGACCAGCAUAACGACCAGCGUGACGACCAGCGUGACGACCAGCAUGACGACCAGCGUGACGACCAGCGUGACGACCACUGGCACACUUCAUCAACAUAG